GGGUGUGACGUGUCUAAGGGAGUAACGGGCGGAUAUUUUCAAAAUGGAAGAAAUGGCAAAGUUUUGGAGGGGAACACAAGAACAACAUUUAUUUGCCCUCUGAGAACUCCUGUACCGACUAUCGAUGCACUCAGCCGACCGAGGAACAUUAUUACAAACCUGCAUGCAUAUGCAAGGCGAAAACCAGGCACGAUGAGUGUUUCGAUCGGCGAAAAAAUCGAGGAUUUUAAGGUCCUCACCCUCCUGGGGAAAGGCUCCUUUGCAUGUGUUUACCGGGCAAAAUCAGUGAAGACGGGUCUGGAGGUUGCUAUCAAAACGAUUGACAAAAAAGCAAUGCACAAGGCUGGUAUGGUUCAGCGUGUGACAAACGAGGUGGAAAUUCAGUGCCGACUGAAACAUCCUUCAAUACUUGAGCUGUACAACUACUUUGAGGACAGCAACUAUGUGUAUUUGGUGUUGGAGAUGUGCCACAAUGGAGAGAUGAGUCGGUACCUUAAAGAGCGGAAGAUGCCCUUCUCUGAGGAUGAAGCAAGACAUUUCAUGCAUCAAAUAGUGAAAGGAAUGCUGUAUUUACAUACUCAUGGCAUCUUGCAUCGAGAUCUGACCUUGUCAAACCUUUUGCUGACCAGCAACAUGAACAUUAAAAUAGCAGACUUUGGCCUGGCCACUCAGCUCAAACUCCCAAAUGAAAAGCACUUCACCAUGUGCGGAACACCCAACUACAUCUCCCCAGAGGUGGCCACUCGCAGUGCUCAUGGCCUGGAAUCAGAUGUCUGGUCACUGGGGUGCAUGUUUUAUGCCUUCCUGAUGGGUCGCCCCCCAUUUGACACGGACACAGUCAAGCACACCCUGUCUAAGGUGGUUCUUGGGGAUUAUGAGAUGCCUAGCCAUGUUUCUUUAGAGGCUCAGGACCUGAUCCAUCAGCUGCUGCAGAAGGACCCCGCCCACCGGCCCAGCCUCUCUGCCGUGCUUGACCACCCGUUUAUGACCCAGAGCCUGCUGGUCAGGACCAAGGAGCUGGGGUUGGGGGAUGAAGGAUCCAUGGACAGCGGCAUUGCCACCAUCUCGACAGCCUGCACCUCCUCCACCUCAGCCAGCAGCAGCAGCCGCCUCCAGAGGAGAACCAGGCACAUGAUUGGCUCUGCCCUGCCUAACCGCAUGGCGCCUGUUCCAAGUCUUUCACGUCAACCCAGCAACGCCUGUUUUGAGGACAGAGACCAGUGGCAGCAGCAGCAGCAGCAUCCCGCGGACAGAUUUCACAGAGAGGGCAGGAGCAGGGGGGUUUACGGUGGAGAAAGUGGACAGCCUCAUUCUCGCUACCUGAGGAGGGCUCAAUCUUCAGAUUGCUCCGGCUCUUCUGUAUCAGGCCAGGGGUUGAGUCACGCUGAGCUGGGGAGAUGCCACUCAGAGGAGACUCUGACUGGUUUAGGAAGACCAGUCUUCCCCAUGUCCUCCACUCAGCACCCAUUUUCAGAGCGUGGAAGGCUCCCUUCUCCCCCUGUCAAACAGUCAGCAAACUCUGGGUAUUCGUUAUCCACACAGACUGCACAUCCACCAAACUUGCAAUUUCAAGACCUGGAGGGAGUUACUAAUUGGCUCAAUAAUGAGGCUUCUGGGCACAGGCCCGCAGACAGCAGCACUCACAGCAGCGGCGGCAGCUUCCACAGCAGCAGAGGACCUUUAGGAGUUCACAAUUCCUGGACAGACAAGCCCAUGGGCCGAAGUGUGAACCCUCACCACAACCAGCACCACAUGCACCACAACCUUCCCUCUAAUUCUGACUCAUACAGGGAAAAUAUACCCGGAGCAGAGUUCCAACCUCCUCACGGCAGAGAGUUAAAGCUCCCUUCUGCCAUGCCCAGUGUGGAUAAAGAGAAGAAAACGCUGAGAGACAUAGUCCCGCCCCUGUGCGCAUCCAGACUGAAGCCUAUCAGACAGAAGACCAAAAAUGCUGUUGUGAGCAUCCUGGACACAAGUGAAGUGUGUAUGGAGUUGUUGAAAUGCCACAGUGGUCAAGAGAGGGUCAAAGAAGUUCUUCGGAUAUCCUGUGAUGGUUCAAUGGUAACGAUAUACCAGCCUAAUGGUGGAAAGGGUUUUCCUGUCCUGGACUGUCCUCCUGCUCCUCCAGAAGACAUUCUGAUUUGUAGUUACGAGGACCUUCCAGAAAAAUACUGGAAGAAGUACCAAUAUGCCUCCAAGUUUGUGCAGCUCGUAAAAUCCAAGACUCCAAAAGUGACCCUUUACACCAAGCAUGCAAAAGUCAUGCUGAUGGAGAACUCUCCCAAUGCAGACCUGGAAGUUUGCUUUUAUGAUGGAGCAAAGACCCACAAGACGUCAGAGCUGGUGCGAGUGGUGGAGAAGAGCGGGAAGUCGUACACGGUGAAGGGCGAGGUGGGGCUGAGCGGCCUGAGCCCAGAGAGCAGGCUGUAUGUGGAGCUGUCGGAUGAGGGCCACAGCAUGUGUCUGUCCCUGGAGGCCGCCAUCACAGCGGAGGAGCAGCGCAGCACCAACGACGUCCCUUUCUUCCCCAUAACUAUCGGCAGGAGACCUGUCAACCCAGACUCCCCGUGCUCAUCGUCCAUGCCCUCCCACCCGGUGCCUCCUGAUACAGCUUCACCUCCUCAACCUCCACAAAUCACUCCUUCAAUGAUCUCCUACGAUGGGUCUGAUUUCACCACAGCCAGCCUGAGUAAGAAAAGCUCCCCAGUGCGACAGGACCUGGUACAAAACACAGGAAAAGUGGUUAAGUCGAUAUUUGUGCCCAAUGUUGGAUGGGCAUCCCAGCUGACAAGUGGAGAGGUGUGGGUGCAGUUCAACGACGGGUCUCAGCUGGUGGUUCAGGCAGGAGUUUCCUGCAUCACCUACACGUCUCCAGAGGGGAUGAUCACCAGGUAUAAGGAGAACGAGAAGUUGCCAGAACACGUCAAGGAGAAGCUGCACUGUCUCUCCACCAUCCUGGGACUGUUGGCCAACCCGACAGCACAUCACCUACAACCUCAUUAACACCUUAUGGUUAAAAAACAUCCCAGCAGCACAGAGGCCUGGCAGGGAACAGAAAGUAGCAUUAGAAACCUGUAUACCGUCUUUUGUCUGGUGUUCUUGUAAAUAUAUCUUUGUGUUUUUUUUGUUUUUUUUUACAUGUACAGAAGACUAAGAUUAUGAAGAUAUAUUUUAUUUUAAUAAGCUACCAUUUUGUAUAGUCUCAGUUGGCUUUGUUGAAAAAGUUUGUGUCAUGACGUGCGUGUCAUUUUUUACUGUGUCUCUAAUUCUAUGAAAUGUGCGAUUCAUAAAUGCUGAGGCAAUAAACAUCUGGAGGCUGGGUGGAGAAAUGCU